AUGGUCUACUACUUCACCUCCAACGUGGUUGAUCCCCCUGCCUUCAUCUAUGUGGGCAAGGACAAGUUUGAGAAUGAGGACUUGAUCAAAUAUGGCUGGGAGGAGGAUGUCUGGUUACAGGAAGGCCAGUCAUGGGAUAACCUGCCGCAAGAGCUGCUCAACGACUUGGCCCAGUUGACCAAGGCCAACUCGAUUGAAGGCAACAAAAAGGACAACAUCACCGUCAUUUACACACCGUGGUCCAACUUGAGGAAGGAUGGCAGCAUGGAUGUGGGCCAGGUCGGCUUCAAGGACCCGAAGAAGGUCAAGAGGAUACUCGUCCCAACCCGCGAGAAUCCCAUCAUCAACCGGCUCAACAAGACCAAGGUCGAGAAGUUCCCGGACCUGAAACAGGAAAAGGACGACCACUUGCGCGAGUUGCGCAAGAAGGACCGUGCUGCCCAACUCGAGAGGAAAAAGGAAGAGCAGCGUAUCGCCCGGGAGCGCGCCCAGCUCAAGUGGCAGAAAGAGCACGCCUAUGAUGACCUCUUCACGGAGGAAAACAUGGCCGGGUCCAGCAACCAGGACCGGGAUGAAAACUGGGAGGAGGACUUCAUGUGA